AUGAAUACUGAAGACAUCCAAUUGGUGAAGAUAGUGAGGAAUCUAGAGGAUAUAUCAAUCAAAGACCCAUCUGAUGAAGAUGAGGAUGUUAAAUUCAUUGAUCAAUUGGAAGUUAUAAUACCGCCUUCAUCAUCCCGUUCUGAUCUUUCACCAUUAGAUUUGAAAACGAUUGAAUUAUUGGAAUUGAUUGAACAAUAUGAACAAUUGAUAAAUGAUCUGUAUCGAUUGAAUUUCAUCAAUGGGUAUUUGAAUUUAAGUCGAGCUAAUUAUAAUUAUAUCUCAAGACGAUUCAGUUCCAAUAGUUUUGAUUAUAGACCUUAUAGUGCUUGUAAAGAGAUUAGUAUUGAUCAAGAUACCCAAGAGUUUUCUAUCAUAGAUAACUUUGCCGUUGAAAAAGCAAAACAAAAUAAGACUAAAUCAAAUAAGGAAACUAAAGAAACUAAGGAAAAGGAGGAAUCAUCAUAUUCAUCAUCAACUACUACUCCUAAACAACUAACUAAUACUACUACCACUACAUCUUUAAAGAAACGUAAAGAUGCUAGCACCACUCUGAAAGAGAAAUCAUCCAUCAUAACAGAAGAUCCCAUAUCAGACACUCCUACUAAACCCUCAUUACGAGAUCCAGUUAAUCAAUUUGGUAGUUUAGUACCCUAUCAAUUACGUCAAUCUCAAGAUUAUUUUAAUAAAGCACUUGCUGAUUCAAUUGCUGUUAUAAACUUACGAACCAAAAUCGAUCAAUUGAUUACUGAUAUAGAGAAAUUAAACCAGGAACAAGAGGAUAAAGAAGUUAAUUAA